AUUUGUGGGAAAAGAGAUUCGAUCUCAAUAGGAAAUCUUUUCUUUUAAUCGAGUUGAGUGGUUUUUGGCUUUCACAGCCUUAGUAGGGAGAGAAAAGCUUAGUAAGAUGAAGUUUAUGAAGCUUGGUUCUAAGCCAGAUUCUUUUCAGAAUGAUGGUGAUAAUAUAAGGUAUGUAGCUACCGAGUUAGCAACAGACUUAACGGUUAAAGUUGGAGAUGUAAAUUUUUAUCUCCAUAAGUUUCCUCUUCUAUCGAAAAGUGCACGCAUUCAGAAGCUUAUUACAAACCCAGAAGAGAACAAUGAUGAAGUCCAUAUCCAUGACAUUCCUGGAGGACCUGCUGCAUUCGAAAUCUGUGCUAAGUUCUGCUACGGUAUGACAGUUACUCUGAAUGCCUACAAUGUCGUCGCGGCUCGCUGCGCUGCAGAGUAUCUUGAGAUGUACGAAACUGUUGAGAAGGGAAAUCUUAUCUAUAAGGUUGAUGUCUUUCUCAACUCGAGCAUUUUCCGGGGUUGGAAAGACUCAAUCAUUGUUCUUCAGACCACCAAGUCUCUUCUUCCGUGGUCUGAAGAACUUAAGAUAGUGAGUCACUGCCUCAACUCGAUAGCUUCCAAGGCUUUGAUUGAGACAUCUAAGGUGGAGUGGUCAUAUACUUAUAACAGGAAGAAGCUACCAUCCGAAAAUGGCAACGGUAACGAUUCGCCUUGGAAUGGCGUGAGGAAACAACAGAUGGUUCCAAAGGACUGGUGGGUGGAAGACCUUUGUGAGCUCAAACUCGAUCUCUAUGAACGCGUCGUGAAGACGAUUAUAAGUAAAGGCAAUGUCUCAGGCUAUGUAAUUGGAGAAGCGCUUAAUGCUUAUGCCUCAAGAAAGCUUCCUGGUUUCAACAAAGGUCUGAUCCAUGGCGAUACGGCAAAGAAUAAAUUGUUGUUGGAAACUAUCAUUCGACUAUUGCCACCGGAUACAAGAAGUAUCCCAUUCGGUUUCUUGCUUAAGCUGUUAAGAGCAGGCAUUCUGUUGGAAUGCCAAGAGUCGGAGCGAUCAAAAUUAAUGAAGAGAGUAGGCCAUUGUCUUGAGGAGGCAAAGGUGGCUGAUCUUUUGAUUCGUACCCCUGUUGGCGAAGCAAUUUUCAAUGUUGAUACCGUGCAAAGGCUAGUUGAAGAGUUCAUCAUUGCAUGCGAGCAUGCUGGUGAGGCUGAUUCUCUGUUGGAAGAUGAAUUGCAGGAGAUGAAAAGCACUCGGAUCAUAUCAGAUACUGCAAAGAUUAAGGUUGCAAAACUGGUGGAUGGAUAUCUUGCUGAGAUUGCUCGCGAUCCGAAUUUGCCUCUCGCUAAAUUCAUUCAUCUUGCUGAGUUAGUUUCAAGCUUCCCAAGAGCAACUCAUGACGGAAUUUAUCGCGCCAUCGAUAUGUAUUUGAAGGAACAUCCUGAAAUCAGCAAGAGCGAGAAGAAAAGGAUCUGUAGGCUAAUGGACUGCAGGAAGUUAUCGGCAGAAGCCUGCAUGCAUGCCAUACAGAACGAGAGGCUUCCGAUGCGCAUUGUGGUGCAGGUUCUCUUCUUCGAACAGCUAAGAGCUACAUCGUGCUCAGAAGGCAAUAGCACACCGGAUCGUGCAGGAUCUAUGAGGUCUUCGCUUCCAAGUGGAUCGCACGAGAGCUCGAGGUCUAUUACAACGAAUACAGAAGAGGAGUGGGAGGAAGCUCUGAAAUUCUCAGGUGAAGGUAGCAGAAGGAGCAGCAAUGAUAGUAACAAAACCAAUAAUAAUAAUAAUAAUAAUAAUAAUAAUAAUAAUGAGAGAGUUGGUGCUAAUAAAAUGAAGGGUCUAAUGUCAAAGAAAAUAUUGUCUAAGAUUUGGUCAAGCAAAGAUAGAAGUGGUGAGAUAACUAGUGAUGAUACAUCAGAAAGCCCUGCUUCUACAGUUGCUGAAGAAACAAAAUCUACACCUUCUAGAAGUAGGAGGCACUCAGUGUCUUAAUCUUAGAGCAGGAUUAUUGGAAGCUCUAACAUUCUUGAAUUGUUGUAUAAUGAUCUCACUAAACUCAUGUAGCGUUAGGAGUUAGAGCUUUUACUUAAUUACUGACAUGUAACAUCUAUGUAUCUUCAAUGGAUAAAGAAUGAAGCAUGAAGAAAAAGGUAUAAAUUCGCGUGUGAACAUUUUAUAGUCGUGUUGAUUUUUCCGAUUGAUUGAAUAU